CAAUUUGGGAAGCCGUGCCUUCACGCAAUUGAAGAGCAUAUGGCGCGCUUGGCCCUACACAUGCAGCUAUCCGUUAAAUGUAAAGUCCUUUGCACUCCAUCUUGCACGUUCUCAUGUCUGCUGCCAGUCUCCCUUCUUAUGUCGCACCCAACUUCAAUCGCAGUCCCUCUUAUACCGCCGAGCCCCAACAACAUGAGCAGCGUCUUGCUGUAGCAAACGGCGUUCGCCCCCGUCCCUCGGGCAAUUUCAUUAAAGAGUCGAAGAGCGGUGGUGCUCGCCUGCGUUUGACCUCCCAGGAGGAUCAUGUCACACUUCCGGUAUACGGCUCCAAUGGUUCCGUGGAAGGUACAGUCGAGGUGUCAAAGUCCGAGGGAAUAACCAGCGUCGAAGUCAAGGUGGAGGGUAGGUUACGCCUGCAUGAGCUCGCCGCUGGUGGGACUACUGCUGUCAAACUAUGUCUGGACACAGUCUUAUUAUGGAUCAAGAAUCCUAACCAUCUCGCUUGUCCACCGUCCUUGCGUUUCCGGUUGAAUCUUCCCACAACUUUUCAGUACGAAGGACACACCUACCCAUUACCGCCCACAUACGAUGUCAAACUUGAUGGACUACCAGGCUUCACGGCCGCUAUAGACUACUCUGUCACCGCCACCCUUAUGAAACCUAAUGCCGUACCGUUAGUAAAGACCACUAUCUUUGGAAAAUCCCUCGGAAACAUUGUUCUCUCGACACCCUUUAUCUACUACCCCCGCACUCGGCCAGCCAUACCUCUUCCUGCACCUCUUAGGCCUGCUCAGAACGGGUUCAGGUACGAUCCAGAGUGGCAAGUCUACGAAUCCGUCAUAAAGGCAAAGGGUCCUGGAAUGCAGGAUAUCAAGACCAAACUGUACGUUCCUGCCUCUCGGGUCUUCUGUUUCCGCCACCCUAUACCUUUCCACCUUACGUUGGAAUCAUCCGCACAAUCCCUGGCGGCGUUUCUGCCUUAUGGUCCUAGUCCGACAGCGAGACGUGCCACAAGGGUGCAGCUAAUGCGGCAAGUAACGGUCGAUGUUCGGCAUGCCAUGAUAUCAAACACCAAGACUGACAUUUGGAGAGUUGAUAGUAUCGGCGAAGGGAGGUUUAGGCACGCGGGCGAUGGUCCCACAUGGGUAUCUUUCAAUGGUGAGAUAAUGGUGGACAACUCGGUCAAGAUAGUAGGGUUCAAAGCAGGAGGGCUGAGGGUGAAGGUUUGCCCGGCUUCCCUGGUUGUUAAGUAUACCCCAGCUGAUUCUGUCUCGCCGGAAGGACUGCUUACUGUUUACAAUGUCGCCCGCCGAUCCGUCCAAAUCAAUCUUCUCACCCAUACGUCAGGUCAUUCCGACUAGGCUUACUACUGAUGCAUGGACCACGGAUGGAACUGGAAUUGGGGUGCAUCCUUCCUCUUCCGAAUAUUCGAUACCCCCAGUUCUAGGAGACUUUGACGCAACGGCGGGAGCCUAUGCGAUCUGAGCAUGUGGAACUGGAAGGUCUGGAUACCACCGACAUUUUUGGACUUGUACUCUAUAAAUAAAUAUUAUAUAUCCUGUAGAUAUAAUUCGCUCAUCCUUAUAUAUGCGGUGCGCAAAGGAAUGUAUACUUAGACAUCAUAGGCGUAAUACAAUUUUAGAGAG